GCUGCGCAGCCGCAGAGGUGUCGCACCAGUGAGCUGAGGUGGACUUCUUCCCUUCAUCAGUGUGAAAGGCACAGUGCAGUUGAGCGACUGGACCUCAGGAACAACACAAAACCUACCAGACAACCUCUCGGACACCACGAUGACUCGUAUAGCCGCCUUCCUCGCCCUGCUGGUGGUCGCCUGCUCCGGAGAGAGCUGCACAGACCCAGCGAUCACCCCGUCGGCCUACACCACCUCUGACGCCGUCAUCUCCUCUGAGUCUGUCUUCAUCGUUGAACUCAGCCUGGCCUGUGCCAACGGAGCUCAGAGUGUGACUCUCUAUGCUGAUGUCAAUGGAAGACAGUUCCCUGUGACCAGAGGACAGGAUGUUGGCAAGUACCAGGUGUCCUGGAGUCUUCCUCACAAGCAGGCCAGCUCUGGAACAUAUCAGGUUAAAUUCUUUGAUGAGGAGUCCUACAGUGCCCUGCGCAAGGCCCAAAGAAACAAUGAAGAUGUAAAUGUCAUUCAGCCUCUCUUCUCUGUCAACAUUGACCACAGGGGUGCGUGGAACGGUCCAUGGGUGUCUACUGAGGUGGUGGCUGCCCUUAUGGGUAUCUUGGUCUACUACAUGGCCUACAGUGCGAAGAACACCAUCCAGGCAUAAACGAUUCACAAUCACUGGAUUGUUAAAGACUGAACUCUCGUGGAUCUCGACCAACGAUCCAUCAUCCAUUGUUGUGGCAAGCCAAUAGGAUUUUGCCACUUGAUCUGCUUUGGGACAAGGAGCAAGAGCAGCAGUCUUAAAAUAUUUUUUAAUUCAGACUGUGUCUGUAUGCCAUCAGUCUUAUACAUUUUUUUCAGAUGAAUUUCGUCACAAUUUUGUCCUAUCAAUAAUGGAUGGAGUUUUGUAAACACUUUUUUUUUUUUUUUUUAUAAAACCAAACAAUAAACCUGGACCACAGAAAUAAACAAAACACAUAGAUUUACUGUAAUCCAUUGAUACGUUCAGGUCAUCCUUUGUCUUUCUGUGGCGGUGCACUGGCUGGAGUGGGACUUGUUGAACACCAACAAAGAGCUCUCAAGACCUCAAUGCAUAUGAAAUGUCAAUAAUGUGACUGCACUGACUGGCCUGAAAAGGUCUAGUGUAUAUGUCUCUUCAAAUAAUUCAUUAAAUGGCUGGUUUUUCUUUCAAUGUAAAGAGUU